GUUUUCGAUGGUUUGAUGGAUGAGUUUGAAGGAUCUGAGGAUUUUAAUCCAGCUGAAUGGAUGCAUUACAGCUCAUUUUAUAUGGUGUAUUUUAUACGCAAUUAUGGCAUCAAAGCAUGUAGCACAGUGAUAGAAACUAAAGAAGCAAAGAAUCUUUUGGAAAUGAUCAAGACUGUCGAGUUUGAUGUUAUAGUGCACGGUAUCACAUUAGUUGAAUGUUUAUUUGGCUUGUGGGAGGUUGCUAAAGGUAAGCCACCCGUUGUGGGAUUUGUUCCGUUUGGCUUUACACCUUGGCUGAAGGAUUAUAUCGGUGGCCCAAAUUAUCCAACUGUUCAACCUUAUCCGCAUACUGCAAAGCCUAUAGGUUUUUGGCAAAAAAUAUGGAAUGCUCUAUAUUAUGUUGCGGAUGAUCUCAUGCGACAUUAUUAUUACUUGCCUAUUAUUCAACGGCAUACUGCGAAAUACAUAGGCCAUGCAACCAGGCCAUUAUACGAAAUAGAAAGAGACAGUAUUAAUAUUGUACUAAUCAAUAGUCAUCCUACAUUCGACUAUGGAAUCCCAUUACCGCCAAACACUCUAGAGAUUGCAGGACUGAAUGCUCAGAUCGUGCAACCGAUUACCGGCGAGGUAGUCGUAACGUAUCCCGAGAAUAUGCGUACAUUUCUUGAGGGAGCAAGGAAUGGAGCCAUCGUAAUAUCGUUAGGAACAAGGGUGAAAUGGAAGGCUAUUGGAAUAGACAAGAUAAAGAUAGUUAUACUGGCUGUGUCGAAAUUGAAACAACGUGUACUGUGGAAAUUAGAUAUUAAAGUGCCAUUUGAAAUACCGGAUAAUCUAAUGAUUGUGAAAUGGAUACCGCAAAACGAAAUUUUGUGUACGUGA